GUGAACCUAUGGUAUGAGUUGUUUCUGCCAGUUGAAUCUCUUGGAACCCGCUCCAAUUCUGCAGCUGUAUCCUAGCAGUUUCUUCCGAAAUGGAGGGAGGCUGUGCCCACCGUGGCUCUUCUGCGAUUUAGAUGCAGCCCACCGACUCUGCUCCCCCACCAUGGCGGGCUCCAGUCUGAGGCUAAAUCUACCCAAGACACUGGUUGUCAGACUGAUUUAGUAGUCUGCAAGAAUGCACUUGUCCAGGCUGACGCGAAGCCUUACCUGUAGCAAAGGUGAAUUAUUUUUAAUAGUCUAUGUAAACAUUUUAUUAUUACCUUUGUUGUGAAAUAGAGUGAUGUAACGAUCUAGAGUUGUAUUUUAAUAUACUGUAAGUAGAUCACUUGUUAUAAUCAGAAGAAUAGGUUGUUUUUAUCAUCAGGGAGUUCAUUUAACACUCUGUAUUGACCUUGAGACAAGAAAAGAGAGAGUUGGGAUCGUUUAAGAAUUUUAUCAUAAAUUCUACAAUCUAUCAGGACUAACUCUGUGUUGUUUGCAAAUGAAUGUGAUGUUCGAUGUGUGUUUGUGUGUGUCUGUGUGUGUGUGUGUGUGUGUGUGUGUGUGGUUGGUUCUGACUCCCUAGGCUGACGUCAUGGAAUCUGGUCGUCUUUGUUAUGACUAGAUAUCACGAGGCUUAUAAAGUGAUGACAUGAGCUGCUAUUUUGCCGUGUACGUACCCAGUGGGGGCCUCCCAGGUAGAUCAGGAAAUGCCAGGUCUAAAGACCUCGGAUGUGCGCUGGAGCUGGUCGAAGCCGCGGUCACAGCGUUUCAAAGCCCGUCUGAAGGGUCGACCCAGGUAACAAUCGGCAGCGUCAGCAGGUGCUCUUAUUUUGAAAGGAUGUCGUCUGGUUGUUAAACGACGAAAAUCUCCAACUUCACAGUUCUUAGUUUAAAGAAGAAAACACAUCUGGCCAAGCUGUGCUUCUCUUUGGGAUGACGGUGAAUAGAACUGAAGUCAAAAUGGAACUGAGCUUAAAAUGGCGUUGCCUUGUUUUAUAUCUCUGAAUUGUUUUAAGUUUUAGUAAAGCGGAUUGGACACUUUAAGUCAACAAGCCAGAUUCUCUUGCGGCAGCCGAAGGCUCUGAUUGGUUGGAGCAAUGUGUCAUGCGUUGCCAUGGGAAUGAGUGUCAGUCUGUCUGUGCAUGUCGUCCUGUUUACUCAUUAAACCAUAAAUCAUGACAUCUUAUUUCACAGAUCAUUCACUUGAUUAUUAUUGAUCAACAUCUGUUUCGACUAGCUUUAAUCACAAAUUAAGUACUUUGAUUAUUGAAAAGCGUUCUUCUUCUCCUUCUGGCUCUUCUCCUGGAAUGUAAACAGUCUGAGGAACACCCGACCUUGGCGUUUUCUACACGGGUGUAACUGUGUACAGGGGCAGCUGUGUGGAGCUGAAAAUAAUAAACUUCCUAACGUUACACCUUCUAGUUUUAAUUUGUUUUACAGAUUAUUGUUACACGUGAUUUUAUGCUCUUUUAAACAUUUAUAAAUGUGCUGCUUCUUUGUUUUUUACAUAGCCAGCCAGAAUAGAGCUCACAGCCGCAGUGUGUCUUGUGACACAGGGACCAUGACGGAAAUUCAUCUUCCAGAAAGUCCCAGAGCAGCGGCCACACCCCUGAAAAGACCAAGGUGUGAGGUGUCUGCUGUUGAUUCCAGCUUCCACCUCAGUGACAGUGCAAGCUCAGUGAACUGUUCAAGGUAAAAAAAAAUUAAAACAUUUCAGAAUUUUUAAGAUAUUAACAAUUAAAUAAGUAUGUGAUUACAUCAUGACAUCAUGAAGGAGGCUACUGAUUCUGGCCCUGUGACACUUGGUGGUGACGUGUGAGCUGAUUCACCUGGACACUCAGCAAAAUAUGGACUCUACAACAUGAGACAGGCACACGUUAAUACUCUAUAUGAGCACAUAAGCAUGAGGAUGUCCUCACACACCUGUAAACUAUCAGCUCAUCUGGCAGAAUAGAGAGAGAAGAGACAACACCACAUCUCCUGUUCCUGGAAAGCCUUCAGCCAUCCUUCGAUGACUGAGAACCUCCAUCAGCUCUGUCUCCUGUCUGCCUACAAUUAUUAUAAUAAAUAUUGUGUUUGACAAGUUUUUUGUGCUGCCAAAUAUCUCAUUUAGAUUCCAGUUUUGAUAUUUUAAUGGAUAUUUAUAAAUUACAUUGAUUAUCACAUUUUUGUUGCAUGUUUAACUAGCUCUAUUGUGAUGAAUUAAACUAGCACCUCACUGUUAAAAGCUCGUUUUAAUUUCAAGCAUGUUUAAGUAUUUAUGGACAUGAACAAAAACAGGAAAUAUAUAAAUUGAGAUUUAUUUAAUUAAUAUAACAAAUAAGGGGGAAAGAGUCAUUGAAAGGCACAUUCUUCUGGAAGCUCCUGAUCCUGACGACACCAGCCCAGCUGCAGACACCAGAGGACCUAGAACCAAGAGAGCAGCUGUUAUCAGUAAAUAAAUAAAUCAGGGCAGUUUUAGUGAGCUGAACACAUUACAGAAUACGUUUCUCAUGGGGUAUUUUCAUAACUUUCUAUGCAGCAGAUUGUAACUUGAGCCCAGAGCUCCUGGAGAGCUGCUGUCCAGCACGUUUCAGUGGUUUUCCUGCUUUAACGGGUUAGAUUAGCUGUUAAGCAGCUCAGCUAUUUGUUGCUGAUUAAGACCAGGUGUGUUGAAGCAGAUAAACCUCUAAAACAUGCCGAAUACUAGCUUUUUAGGGCCAUGGAGCCAAACCCUGCAGCUAAUCCAAUGCUAUGGCUAACGGCUACUUACAAUUCAGAGCUGGUUCUGUUGGGUCGGUUCCGGUAGUUUCAGGCAACUCACAAGCUCAAAACAAUAAGGCUCAGGUCCGCUUGUCUCCUCCAAAUAGACUUGGUCCGAUUCUUCUCGAGUGUCCGGGUAAGGAGGGGGAGAAACUUCCUCCACUUCUAAUAACUGCUCAGAGUGAAGGGAGCUAGCAUCGUCUAGUUAGCCAUCAUCUUCGUCACUGCCGCGGCUCCGCCCUCUCGGUCCUCCAGGCAAUGCCUACUAUUGUUGCAUUUUUUAAAAUUGAUACGUGGGUGGAGAAGGACUCCGAGGCACACUUGACCUGUUCUUUAAAGUCAUCCAUCUUAACUGCUUGCCUCAGACUUUCUGCCUCUCUGUCUUGUUUGCUCCGGUGAGAAGCCCCCCAAAACCACACCCUCUUCACGUGGUCACACACGCACACAAGUUCGAUGUGUGUGUAUGUGUGUGCGUGUUCGUGUGGUUUUUCUGCAGUGUCUGAUUACGAACACAUUUGACUAUUGCGGAAUUUUAUUUUGAAAUGCUUUAUUUUGUUAACUUUACCGGCCUGCCUCUUAUGUCUAGGUUUGACUUCCUGCCAGAAUUGACGCAAUUCACCCGCGGCUCGCGAAAAAAAUAGAGCCGACACCAAAAUGAUCGCUGCACGGUGCGGGCUGGAGCGCCGGCGAGAGGCGAUUCGCGGCACUUCGGCGGCCCAUGUGGUCUAUAGAAUAGCUUAACAAGGGCGCCGAAUGAAGGCGGUCCCAUUUUCGCGGCGCUUCCGCGGCCGGUGUGUCCCCGGCGUACUUGGCUCAUCUGGACUCAGCCAAAUAUAAUUUUUACUUGUGUGUAUGUGUGUGUGUGUGUGUGUGUGUGUGUGUGCGCGCAUGCCUGUGUGUGUUUGCAUAUGUCUGUUAAUGUUUUUAACCUGUUAUGGGAAUUUGGAGUCAUUCUGUAAAGCAUUUUGAGUAGCACUUUGUUUGAAAAGCACUUUAUAAAUAAAAUCUGAUUGAUUGAUUGAUUGAUAUUUUAAAAGAUUUACAAGGAUUUAACAACUGGAAUAAAUUUGACCAUACAAAAAUUGUCAAUAGCCCAAUUUGUCCAUAAAACAGCAUAAAUAAAUAAAUUGUCCAUAGAGCAGCAUGUCUUACAGGGGCAGUGAAAGUGCAAAGAGAUGAUUAACAGUUUACAUGGGAGUGUGUGGUGGAAGAGACUGUUAGUGAAUUCAAGAGUCUGAUGACUUGUGAAAAAAAAGCUCUUCCGGAAUCUGGAGGAUCGGGCCCCGAUACUGCGGUAGCGUCUGCUGGAUGGAAGGAGAGAAGAGAGUCCAUGUGAGGGAUGUGAGGGGUCAUGCACGAUGCCAGAGGCCUUACUGAUGCAACGGUUGUGGAAGAUGUCUUGUAACAUAGGGAGAGGCGUUCCAAUGAUCUUGGCAGCUUUUUAACAAUCCGUUGUAGAUUGCUGAGAUCACCAAAGUGGCAGUUGCUGAACCACACGAGAUUACCGCUAGUCUCUCUAUGGUGCCCCUGUAGAACGUAGUGAUGGGAGGAGGGAGAUUGGCCCUCUUCAGGCGUCUCAACAGGUGGAGGCGCUGCUGGGCUUUUUUGGUGAUGGAGAUGGACCAGGUGAGGUCGUCUGAGAUGUGAACUCCCAGGAACUUGAUGCGGUUUACAGUCUCUACCAUGGAACCACAGAUGGCAUGGUGGAAUGUGCGUGGAGCGGAUCUUCCUGAAAUCGAUGAUCAUCUCCAUGGUUUGUCCACCUUAAGCAACAGUCACCAGCUCUCCUUAGUACACCUUUUACUUUUGAGUUUUAUUAGUUAUCUCUGGAGCUGAGCCACAGUGAUCUUUGGGUUCUUUUAUACCUCUCUCACCAAAGCUCUUCUCCCCCGGUAGCUCGGUUUGGCUGGAUGACCUGCUCUAGGAAGCGUUCUGGUCAUCCUAAACAUCAUCCAUUUAAAGGUUAUGGAGGCCACUGUGCUCUUAGGAACCCUAAGUGCAGCAGAUAUGUUUUUGUAACCUUGGCCAGAUCUGUGCCUCGCCGCACUUCUGUCUCUGAACUCUUCAGGCAGUUCCUUUGACCUCAUGGUUCUCAUUUGCUCAUGCAUUGUGAGCUCUAAGGCCUUAUAUAGACAGGCGUGUGGCUUUCCAAUCAAGUCCAGUCAGUAUAAUCUAACACAGCUUGACUUCAGUUAAGGUGUAGGACCAUCCCAAGUAUGAUCAGAAGAAAUGCAAAGCACCUGAGUUCAAUAUUUGAGUGUCACAGCAAAGGGUCUGAAUACUUAAGUUCAGUUCUGUUUAUUUUUAUUUCAAACAUCUACAUUCACAGUCCUUACAACUUGUCCUCACAAUCAUUUGUUUGAAAAGGAGUCGACAGAAGUAAACGCUUAUUUAGCCUUACCCCCUCAGUUUUAACUCUAAUUUAUGCACUUUCUUUUUGUCCUGACUCACUCGGACAAAAUACAAAACUACAUCAAACAACAAACCAAACAAACCAACACAUGAAAUAAACCAUAAACAAACCCUACCACGUUAUGUUUACUUUCACAUCUUACAUGUGUAAAUUUCAAAUUGACAAAUUAAGUAGCAAACAAACUAAACCCUAUUAUAUAGUUUGUAAAAACGGAUUCAUUUAUUUUUCUAAACUAAUGAUUCUACAUGACAAGGUGUGAAUGAUGAUAUGGCAUGUAAUGGAUAUGAGGUGGUUUAAUGUGGUGUGGAAUGCUGGAACGGAGCUAGAUGUUUUUGCAAACAUCUGAGAGAAUUUGUGACGUCUGGGUUUUAACAUAAAUUUGGCUAUUUGUUUGUUUAACUACAGAUUUGUUUACAAAAACCAUCCAACACAAUCUGUUGGAUCUACACACCCUUAUGUGAAGAUCCCCAUUCAGAUCCAGGGGGUCACACGGUCAGGAUGGACAUGGACCUCGAGGUACCAGGAACCCGUAGAUUAGCUCCGAUACGACCCAUCUAGUUUUGAGAUAUCUCCAGACCACAACAGGAAGCUGGAAUGCUUGUUUGCAUCUAAGGCUGUUGUUGUUGGCUCUUAGAAGAGCUGUUUGGUGUCUGCAUCAGUCGCAACGUUGCAGAGAGGCUUUUGACUGGUUGUCAAAAGAGACGGGUUUAAAAUUGCUUCUUCCCUGAUUUGGCCGAAUCGGGAGUCAGCUGGAAACUGAAUUAAUUGGGAAGUCAUUCUUUUUAUAUUAAACCCAUCACUUUAUAAAUUUUGGCAAAUCAGAAUUUGACACAUUUGAGGGCUUUAUCAACACAUUUCUCAGACGUCACGCCUCCACUCAGAUCCUCCGAGAGGUUAACUGUUUGUGGGAAGGAGAAUGUUUUAAAAACACUUAUGUGAAGUGAAUGUUAACAUUAAUAUAAGUAUCUUAUUAUUAUAUGUAAGAGUGGAGAUAUUGAUUAACUUGUUAAAUCAAACACAUACUGAUCUGGUGUAGAUAAGAUCUGAAAUGGAUCGUUGCGGGAACAAUAUUCAUUUUAAAGCCAUUGUUGAUUUAGGCGCAGAUUAUUCAAACAUUUGAUUUGAACAUCCUGUUCAUUCAACACUGCAGACUCAGGUGCUCGUGUCCGUUCGCAGUGUUGAGGGUCUGACCUCAUGAGGAAAUUACUAUGCAGUGAUUUUCUCCAAAAUGACUGUGCUUAAAUUGCUCUGAAAAGCAAAUAAUCACAUCAGCGCCAAGAAACUUCAUUUCCCAUGAUGCUUUGCACACGGAAGCAUUGGGAUGAUGUCACCGCCUAAUACCAGAAACACGUUCUGCGGGAGGCGGGAGCUUGGACAGCUUUCCCGCGACUUCAAAGACUAUAAAUCAUGAACGGAACAAAGAAAACUCCGUUCUUUUGCCCAGGAUACCUGGCGGUAAGGACACGCUUGUCGAACGCUCCGACUCCCUUGAGCACGCGGAAGCUCUAAGUGCCCAAGUUGAGCCACGCAACCGCUGGAAAACUAAACUACAAGCCAUCAGGUCUGUUCAACCGCUCGCUGCUCUAGCUGCUGAAGGGAAGAACACAGAACCGGGCUGGAAAAAUCAGCAACUCCGUCAAACUCACGGAGAACGCGAAAACAGCGGAGAAAGCCAUCAAGCCGACGGACGACGCCGAGAACUGUGGAGAAACACGGAGAACCGUCAACUCAAAGAGUGAGGGACGCCUCGCUCUUCUGGUGAUCAGAAACUCAUCUCUUUCUCUCUCUCCUUCUUCUCCCGUUUCCUCUAUAGUCCAGAAUAAGCAAUAAAAUCGCGCUAUUGCUUCAAAUUACCAGACGUGUUUUCCUCUUUCGUCCCAAACACGUCCGUCGGGUCAUUUUGAAAGAAUAAACUGCUUAUUUAUCAUUGUUAGAAUAUCUUUAAAUGUUUCCUACUAUGGCCAAGUGGUGAAACUAAAAGAUAUUAACUUGUGAUUAAUCUUUUGUGUUGUUUCAUGAUCCUUUGAAAUGUUUUGAGUGAUUUAAGGUUAAGUUACGACUGAUUCUAAGUGCUUUGGAAGUUAAAGUGCAAGUUGCCACCCACACUUUAGCCAGACAAAGGGGUCAGCCAUCUUGUAUUCAAGACUCCAUUUUGAAUCCAUACACACGCACAUACACACACACACACUACUCCUUUGUGAGAACAAAGGACCCCAUUCAUACAUCCUCCAUCACACGCAAACACAUCCAUCUUCAAUCAUAUCACACGGUUAUUAUUCAUUUAUUUCAUUGUUUAUUCAUUUGACAAAUUGUUUAAUUAAAUGUUAUAAAAUUCAGAUUUUUGUGUCCAGUAGCUUUGUUGUGUCGAAGAGAAGUCUCUGCUCCAAGGAUUAUACGAACUUCAAGAAAGACUGAUAAGGUUUUGGAUUCAUUUCCCUUUCUAAUUAAAGGGUGGUGCCCCGGAGAUAUCUAAGAAUAUCUUAAUUAAUUAAUAAAUCAGUAAAUAUUCCCAUAUUUACAGAAUUUAUUGAAGAAUCCAAAAGUAAGUUAACGCUUACUAAUUGUUCACUACCGAAUAACCCCAACAGCAGUCAUUUACAUACAGUAACGCCCUCAAUUAACCGUAUUUGGCCACGCUACGUCCUCUGCAUGUGAGGGAAUUCCCUGUGUUUUUUCCUGGAAAAAUAAAAAAACUUUAUUGACAGUGAGAUCCAGACACUGGCUGUGGUAUCGCCAGUUGCAGAGGUUAUAAACGCGGUCGGGAUAAGGGAGAGGUUGCUGUCAGAAAUAAAUGAAAUAAUGAAUAAAUUGUGGAGUAAUGGGUGGUUAAGGAGUCGUUCUGUUUGGAGUUACUUUUAUUUGGAAAUGUCUGAGAAUGCUGCCUCUUCUGAGCUGUCAUUCAGUCUGGUUACCUGGGCAACACGGCGUGUAUGAUCAGGGAGCAGAGGAGGUUGUGGUGGGUUCUCGUAGUUGUAAAAUAAAAUAUGAAAUGGAACCGGAUUUGUGAGCUUUGUCUGCCGCUCCACAGUGGGUCCCAAAUCACAGCAUAGCAGAAGGAUCUCCUUUGAGAUCAGUGCGCUCAUGGAGAAUGUGUUGCCUCUAGAGAGCACGCUCUUAAAUCCUCCAAUAACACAGCAUAGCCAUCACGUGUGUCUAUUAUUGGUUUUAGCACCAAUUAUGCAAAAAAGCCGUUUUUCCACCGACAUAAUUAUUGGGUGAAGUAAUUUGAGGAUGAGGAACAUGUGUGGACGACUGAGACCUUCACUUCUGCGGUUUUCCCCUUUCUACCACUAGGUGCUGUUCGUACGCAUGGUCAGAGCUGUUCUAUUUAGGAACAUUUUCAUGCACAAGUAAACAUUGGUAAAUACCACACAAUGCGUGAAAUCGGUCCUACGCAGGAAAUACGCACAGAUCUGUUGGUACCAAUGUUAGAUGAACGAGGGCCCUGGUGUGCUGGAGCAGGUAAACAACCUGCUGCUGGACAGUGGCCCUGGAGGACCAGGAUUGCUCACCCCAGGUUUACACAUUUACCGUUUCUUAAUACACUACAGCAAACAUUUAUUUAUCAGUUUUUUGAGACAUUUUUGCAAACAAUCAGAAAAGAAUGAAAUCCAAACCUAGUACGUUAAAGUUGUGUGUUUUUUUAUUUUGACUUCAUGCCCUAAGUGCUCUGUGGUGUUGCCAGCAUCCACCCAGGUUUGCUAAAUCCCACAUGACAAACUGGAUUUUCUGGCUGUCCCUAGCUCAGGGCGUGUACCACCGGCAAUGUAGACCUACUGGUGUUUAUUGCUUUGCUGUCAGCCGCUGAGUUGAUCUCAUCAUUGUAUUUUUCUCACAGAUGCUCAGUCCCUCUCUCGCUCUUGACUCAGGAUGUUUGUUUAAACGUUACCUGUCUGUUAAACUGCCACCAACAAGGGACGCCAACACAGCCCUCAGGACCAACUGCCUAACUCAGCAGUCAGCCGUUGAAGAUCAACUAUCAAAUUUGAGGUGUUAAAUUUUCUGGUCACUGCCCGGAUCUAGUUUUCUCCCUAAUCUUUCAGGAAUAAGUCGACAGCACCAUGUCUUCCCAGCCCAGCCUGAACUCCCACGAGGGUGACUACAUGUGUAUCAUGCGAGGCCUGAGAGAGCUGAACCUCAGUGGUCCUUGUAUUCCCAGUGAUCUGGUUUUGAUCGGGGACCAUGCCUUUCCCUUAGCGAUGAACAGCCAAGGCCAGGUCCUGAUGGCUGCUUCUCUGUAUGGCUCGGGGAGGAUUGUCGUGUUGGGUCAUGAGGACUACCUGACCGCUUUCCCUGUGCUGGUGGAGAACGCCCUGGUCUGGCUGAGGGGUGAAGGAUCAGACAACCCUUCUGUAGCUGUGCACCAUAAUGUCCAGGCAGUUCCCAGAAACCUCAACAGCUCCAGGUUCCAAGCAGAGGUAGUAGGGGCCUUCAGUAGUGACCUUAAAGCUGGUGUGUAUGUGACAGAUGCAUACAGCGUGGACGCGGACCCAAAAGACCUGGUGGAGUUCAUGAAAGCCGGCGGAGGGGUGCUGAUUGCAGGGCAGGCAUGGGACUGGGCAGCACAACACCCCAAAGAGAACACCUUGCUCAAUUUUCCCGGGAACAGAGUGUCUGGUGUUGCUGGGGUUUACUUCUCUGAUCGUCGUGGUGCGGUGGAAAACCUUCCUGUCUACCCACAGAUCCCGUCCUCCUGGAUGGCGAUGGUAGUCGGAAAGGACUUUGAGGAUGACUUGGAGUUCUUACUUCAGGGGAUUCCAGAGUUUAACCUCCCACCAGGUCUACUAGCUUCUGAGGUUCUGGUCCAUGGCCCGCUUGCCUUCCCGAUCUUCACCACAGAUGAUGGACGGGCGUUCCUGGCAGGAGCUUACUAUGGUCAGGGCCGAGUCAUCGUGGUUACACAUGAAGGAGUUCUGAGCAAUGAGGCAAUGGCUCCAUUUUGGACAAAUGUACUUCACUGGUUGGAUGAAGGUCGUAGAGGGGUCAUUGGUGUGGAGCCAGACCAUGCUUUCGACGUUCUUUCCAAGUCUGGUCUGCAAUGUAAGAAGUCGGGCUUCAGGAAGGACCUGAGUGUAUUUGUGCGCACAGUCUACAGUGAUAGCCACGUGGAAGAUAUCCAGAACUUUGUAGCUGAGGGAGGAGGCCUUCUGAUUGGUGGACAUGCUUGGUACUGGGCACAGACAAACCCAAGUCAAAACCCAUUAACUGGCUUCUCAGGGAACAAGAUUCUGAACAAAAUGGGUUUAAGCCUGUUGGGGGCGACCAUUUCUGGAGGAAUAUACAAGGCCCCCAUUCCCAGCCGGGCAAUCCAUGAUUCAUACCACUUCCGCCACCUUCUGCACCGCUUUGCUAGACAUGUGACUGCGGGUGAAGAACUCAGCCAACAUGAAGAGAAGCAUCUCAAAAAGUUGGGCAAUGACUGUGCCACCUACUUGAACAUGGAGGCUCAUGACUGCUGCUUCUACUCCCAGGUGCUGUCCACACUCACUGAUAUCUUGAAGAGGUCGGGCAUGCCACAGGUGAGUGACGCCUGUCCUGUCAAUACCCCCAAAGACCACCUGCUCCUCAGUGUGGGGGCAGAAGUGUACAAAGUUUGCCCCAAUCCAGAUGCCCUUCUGCCCCACCUCAUCAAGGAUAAUCCACUGCUGCCAGUAGUUCACAACUACAGAUUAGAGUUCGAUGUUAACACAGGAGGAGGCGAGGAGUGGCUCAGCACAGGUCUAUAUCUCUCUCCUGGAAUGAAGACCUACAUUGCCAUACCAGCAGAGAUAGUCAACAUGGGAUGGAAGGUACAGAUAGGAUGUCAAACAGACCGGCUACAUGCUGAAGAACUGAGGAGACCGCCACGUGUUCAUGAGCGAUUUCCUGUUGACUCAGAGAUAAUACAGGUGUGGAACCUAUGGGGAGGACUCGUGUACCUGGUGGCUCCACCCAAAGUACAGGUGUCUGGGUUGAAGGUCACGGUGCAGAUGGGUGUUCCCGCACCCUAUUAUAAAUCAGGUGUGACAACGGCAGAGCAGUGGAUGUUGCUGCGCACGGCUCCUGCACCGUGGGCAGAGAUGGAGUUUGACAACAUUGUCCUCACUGUGCCGUCAGAUGACGUCCGAAACCUGGAGCGCCCUGAUGAAGUAGCAGCCCUGUGGAAUGACAUCAUGAGGGGCAUUGCUGACUUGGCUGCAAUUCCACACAAAUUCCAACGCAAGGAGCGAUUUGUAGCUGAGGUGCAGAUUUCCCAUGGCUGGAUGCAUGCAGGUUAUCCCAUCAUGGCACACAAGUCCUCUGCAGCAGCGCUGCUCAAUGUUAACACUGCUAGAACUGAAGGCAUCUGGGGUGCGAUCCAUGAGCUUGGGCACAACCAACAGAGAGGCUGCUGGGAGUUCCCGUCACACACUACAGAGUGUACCUGCAACCUGUGGUCCGUGUAUGUGCAUGAAGAGGUGCUGGGCAUCGACAGGGCAAAGGCUCAUCCGGCUAUGUGUCUGGAAGAACGACACAGUCGAGCAAGGCAGUAUGUGCAAGGAGGCAGGAACCUGAAUGGCUGGGACAUGUGGGUGGCCCUGGAGACGUAUAUGCAGCUCCAAGAGAAGUUUGGCUGGGACGCCUUUAAGAAGGUGUUUGCAGCCUACCAUCAAAUGAGCAACUUCCCCAACAACAACCAUGAAAAGAUGAAUCUGUACGCCGAGACUUUCUCCCAGACCGUGGGCAUGAACCUGGCUGGAUUCUUUAGAGCCUGGGGUUGGCCCAUUGAAAUGAACACUGAACAGAAACUAUCCAGCCUGCCGCCCUGGAGUGAUCAUCCCAUGGUCCAGUACGGCUGAAUGCCACUCUGCUGGACGACCCCACCCUGAUGACCAUCUCAUCAAACUACAUAUAUUUUGGGUAGGGAACACGAUAUAUUGGCAUCAAAAUUGGUAUCGGCCGAUGUUAGUAAUUUUUCAACAUAUCAGUAUCGGCCCGAUAAAUAAAACUGGGCCGACUCUAACAACCAAUAGUUUUUCCAUCUUGUUUCCAUUUGUUUAUCUGUUUCAGAGGGUGAUGGGUGUAUUUGUUUAGUCAUGUGACAGUAAUUGUAGUCAUCUCAGAAGAGUAAAUGUGUGUGGUGUGUCUGCAUAAAAAUGUAAAUUCAGCUUUAAUAAUUUUCAUUCUAUACAAAAUCUGCUGAAUUUAGAUGCAUUAACCCUCUCAAGCUCAAAAUAAGUUUUGAUAAAAGGACGAACAACUAAGUCCUUCAGGGGUACUUCUGAGUUUAAAAAAUACUCAUGAAAUACGUAUGUGGAGUAACCAGGAAGGUUUUAACAUUGCAAAUCUGCAAAGCCUGCCUCAACAGGGUUAACAUUAGUAUAUCAGUAUCUGCAAAUAUUGGUUAUCAGCCAUAACAGUGAUAUUAAUAUUGAAUAUUUGUAUUGGCCCAAAUAUUUCAUAUCUGUGCAUCACUAAUUUUGGGAGAUUAAGUAGUUUUGUUCUAUAUUUGGUUGUUUGAACUAUAUUUCACAGAGAAGCAUUACAUAAAAUAUUUACAAUGACAUUGUCUUUCAUUGAUGGGUAACGUGUUUAGGAACAAUCAAUCAUCUUAUGGCACAUUGAGUUUUUUUAUUUUUACAGCAACGGUAAAGGUCGUAGGCAGAAAAGGGUCAUAAUUUAAAUACAGUUAUAAACGAUGCAUCUCAGAGUAAAAUUAAGUUGGGUUUUGUGAAGGGUAAACUGCUUUUUGUCACAGAAAACAAACAACACAAUAAACAAUUACAUUUAUUUUAUUUUUUUACUUUUCUCCUGUCUACAGCUCUUCAGUGCACUGUCCAUUCCCGGAUAGUGAGAUUCGCUGAGAUUGGUGACCAAGUGUGAGAUAUUGCUUAGAUGCUUUGAUGGGAAUCUUUUCUUAAUUUAUUUAGUUACAUCCACGAUCAGGGUGAAGUUGCCUUUUAAGGGGUGGGUGCUCAACAAAUAGAGCAAGAUUUUUAAACAGAUCCACAAUUCAACAAGUCUAAAAAUUCAGUUCAUGAGAGACCCUUGGGUUCAAACAACAUAAUACAAACUAGGAAAAAUAUUUCAUUUGGUGUUAAUAAUUGAAGGUAAUGUUAUUUCUUUAAAAAUUGUUUUAGUUUUUAAAGACACACUCAUGAACUUUGCAGAUAUAUACUCUGUUGCCCUUUCCAGGCUUGCUGCAUAACGUCACUGUUGUAAAAUCAAAUCUCUCUGGCAUGCAUAACAGGCAUGUUUACCGGCUUUUUUCCAACUCUUGUGUCCAAUCAAACACUUUUCAGCAUUGAAUAAAGUUUUAUCAGACUUUAUGCCCGAUCAAAC